AUGAACUCCCCGGGAUGCCAGCAAGCGAAUUGUAGCGAAACGCUGAAGGAGGGAAUGGGUUUGACUCCGGAAGGGCGACGAGAAAGCCGAGUUUGUACGGUACGUGUGCCGAUCAACAUUGCUUUGGUAAAAUAUUGGGGGAAACGUGAUCAGACUCAAAAUAUCCCAUUGAAUGACUCGCUAUCGCUUACGAUCAAUUCCCUGCAUGCGCGGACAACACUACGAGUCAAUUAUGAGAUCGGAACCGAUAGCGUGAAGAUCAAUGGAAAAUCUCAAACAGUGACUGGAAGCAGAUAUCAACGUGUUUUCGAGGAAGUAAGAAGAUGGGAACGCAAACGGAAAGCUGGUGAGGUUGCCGAACAUCCUGUCAGUAUACAGUUUGAGAUCACGUCUGAAACAAAUUUCCCAGUGUCGGCCGGACUCGCGUCUAGUGCAGCUGGAUUCGCGGCGAUAGCUGAAUGCCUACAGAAAAUCUUUGGAUUCACUGAUAGUCAAAAGAGCCAACUAGCAAGAUUAGGCUCAGGCUCUGCAAUAAGAUCCAUAUUUGGAGGACUUGUUCGGUGGAGAAGAGGGACUCAGCCAAAUUAUGAAGAUUCUAUAGCCGAGCAGUCAUUCCCAUCUACUCAUUGGCCUUCGCUGAGAGCUCUAAUUUUGGUCGUCGAUGAAGGCAGAAAAGAGUACAGCUCCACCGAUGGAAUGCAGAGAACGGUUGAGACGAGUACGUUAUUGGAGAGAAGAAUCGAGUGCUGUGAUGUGAAUAUUGACAAAAUUUGUGCUGCUUUCUCGAAUCGCGAUUUUUCCGCAAUGGCUGAUAUGAUCAUGAGAGACAGCAACAAUUUUCAUGCUGUUUGUAUGGACACGUCACCUCCAUUAAUGUAUUUAAAUGACGUUUCUCGCACCAUCAUCCGUUUGGUACACGUCUACAACGAGAAAAAUGGAUCUACAGUUAUAGCGUACACUUUUGAUGCCGGCCCAAACGCUACUUUGUAUUUAGAAGAGGAUACUGUACAAGACUUUCUUGAUUUCGCCACAAAACAGCUACGAUUCGCGGAAAGUGCCCAGACAGAAGUUGAGGAGAUUCUAGGACACAAACUUGAUGAAUCUGUGAAUAAUGGUGCUCUGGCUCAAAUCCUCCAAGUGAUCUAUAGUCAAGUCGGCGGAGGACCUCAACUUUUGAGCCUUCAU